CUGUAAACUUAUGAUAUUUUAAAUUCGUUUUUUUUAAAAGAUUCAGAAAUGGAAGGAGCACAGCCAACUCUCAGCUGGACGCGAAGGCGGUGAAGGCUUCAAUAGAAAAAGAAUAGAAGCGACGUCGUAUUAGGAACUCAAGAGACUAAGCAGUGCGUCUUCAAGAUACGAAUACUUUCCGAAAGAAAAGUGUUGCGCCUCUACAGUAGUUGGGUAAAAAAUGGUGAGAUUUAGCAGAGCGCUGUUGAAAGAAGCAAGGAAUGGAAUCAACAAAACUCUCUCAGAAAUUCUGGUCUGCCCACUCUCCAAGCAACCCUUGAGGUAUUGUGAGGAAACGAAUUCUCUUGUCAGCGAUGCUAUCGGUGUCUCUUAUCCUAUAAAGGAUGGGAUCCCUUGCUUAGUUCCAAGGGAUGGCAAGAUAAUUGAAACUGAUGAGGACAUAAAACCUGAUGGUGCUUCUGAUUCAUCUGCAAAGAAUUAGGAGUUGAGAGAGUCAAUAAGCUCAAACAGAUGUGACUGAAAUGCUAUUUGCCAUUGGUAGAAGUAACUACUUUUUACUGGGUUGAUGUGAAUCUGGUGAACUUGUUCUUUCCGUAAUACAAAUCCUUUUCUUAUAUUUGUCAGGCCUCAAUAUCAACAAAUGCAAGAUCAAAGUCAUUAUCUUUUGCCA